AUGACUUUACAAGACGAACACGAGCGCCACACGUUCGAGUCGUACCUCUCCGACGGUGAGCGCGUCAUCGGAGUCACGUUUCCCGACGGUCGAAGGCGAGAGAAGCUGGACGAGACGACGUGGCGCGUGCGAUUGCUGCCGUUUGAGUUUUUGGGCCAACGCGUGACGGUGUACGCCACGCUCACGCUCACGCCGCUCGAGGAGGGAUUGACGAUCGGAGCGAAGGAACUGGAGUUCGUGGGAUUACCGAAAGAGAUGGAUUUACAAGGCAAGGUGAAACUCACGAUGGAAGGCGCGCUUCGACCGCCGAGGGGUGAUAAGACGGUGAACGGAGACGUGACGCUCACGCUCGACGCGGCGGUGAACGACUUCGUCGCGAUGACUCCGGGGUUGGAUUUCGUGGUCAACGGCAUCAACGAUACGGUACUGGCUAAUUUACAAGGUUCUAUCGAAGACAAUCUGCUCGCUGAUUACGCUCGAUGGUGGAAGCAAUGCCAGAGGUUGGCGGCGGUUCGCGCUUCUCGCGCCGCCGCCGCCGCCGCGACCGAGUGA